UCGCCUGUGAUUUGCUUUUGCAAAAUUCCGAACGUUUUGCAAAACUGUUAUAACAUUUAUGGAAAAAAAUAAUCUCUCGGAGAGAAGCCCGGCCCUACUGGUACACGCCCACCCCGGGCAGGAGCAAGGAGUUUAACUGGGUCGCUGGCAAGGCGGCUGUGAAAGUUCCUAUAAACAGCCUCCGGGGAAAGGAGAGAGGCGUGCUGAACAGAUCAAAACGAACCGAAAGAGAGAGAGAGAGUGGUGCAAAACAGUAGUUUGCAUUUUACACUCGCGGACAGUUUGAAACUCUCUUCGUCCAGAAGUUGCAAGGGCUUAGAGAGGGCGAAAAGUUUGUGAAGUUCGCCCGAGAUGGGAGAAGACGGAGUACAAGCGGAAAAAAGCAGCACCGAGGCCGUGCAGGGAGGCCCGGAGCCCAGCCCGCCGUCCAGCCCGGGUUCCAGCGUAUCUCCGACCCCGGUUCCCGGCUCGCUGUCGGUUGAAGCACUGCGGGAAGGCUCGCAGGUUAACGCUAUCACCGUUCUGGCACUGCUGGAUAAACUUGUCAACAUGCUGGACACGGUGCAGGACAACCAGAGGAAGAUGGAGCAGAGGCAGAUCGGAGUGGAGAGUUCGGUGCGGGGCAUCCAGAGCGACCUGACCAAGCUGUCCAAGAGCCAUAGCACCACCAGCAACACGGUGAACAAGCUGUUGGACAAGUCGCGCAAAGUCAGCGCCAAUGUCAAGGAGAUGCGGGAGCGCCUGGACAAGCAGACGGGGCAGGUGAAGAAGCUAGAGAACAACCAGGCGCAGCUCCUAAAGAAGAACAAUUUUCGAGUGCUGAUCUUCCAGGAUGAAACGGAGAUACCAGCCAGCGUUUUUGAAAAGCCCAAAGUAGAGGCGGUGGAGGAACAAUGUGCAGAUGAGAACAAAGAUGUGGAAAUUUCCCAUCCUUCCCUGGAGCUCUCUUCAGAUGAAGACAUUCACGACCUGGAGGACAAUGAUGAGGAGAAGUUAGAGAAGCUGGAGCAAUCCAGGGCUGCAAAAAUCAAGAGCUCAAGUCUAAAGAAGGUUGACAGCAUCAAGAAGGCAUUCUCCCGCGAGAAUAUCGAGAAAAGGAUGAACAAGUUUGGCACGAAGAUUGUGUCUCCAGAGAGGCGAGAGAAGAUUAAGAAGUCGCUCAGCUCAAGUCAACAGAAGUCUCAAUCAGGUAAGACCUCCAGCUUUAAAGUAAUGCCCAUGACUUUCAAGGUCAAAAAGCCUAAGAAUGGGGAGACACCACCACAAAGCCCCAGUGACGCAGUGGUCACGCUGGAACCAGAUGCAUCAGCUAUCGCUGAAGGUGAAGUGCAUCCCGAAUUGCACUUGGAAGUUUCUCCAGGCACGUUAGCAGCAGAGGAUGUUAAGGAGGUGGCGGAGAAGGUGGAAGAGGAAAUGAAAGAGGUGGAACUUGAGUUGGAAAGCAAUAAGAGCCAAGGAGUUGUGAUGAAGGCAGAAAACACAGAGGAGCCCGAGAUCCUGCUGGAGACCUUUGCUGAAGACCAACAAGAAGGGAGAGCAAGGCACGCGGCGACAAAUAUUGAGCUGCAUAUUGAGGAACCAGAUGAACCUGCUGUUUUGCAAAUACAGCAAACAGCUUAAAUGUUCCCUGCCCAUAUUGACAACUCCCUGGAGCAUUGCCCAGUGAACCUCCCUUCAUUUACAAAUAUCGUGCUUGUAAUAGUUGUUAUUAGCUAAUGUAACUCCACACGAGUUUACAGCUUGGCCAGAGGGACAGAAGGAUGUUGAAAACGGGAUGGAGGUAGAACAUUACAGUGAGAUAUAAAGAAAGUGUGGCAGGGUAUGUGUCUAACAGUUGUGUAAUUUGUGAGGAUACUCAAGUGCCUUUGGAAUCCUUAGAACAGUGGUUGUGUUGCUUGGGUUACAUACUCUCAGGUAUGAAUGAAAGCUGUAGAACUUUAAUUAUUUGAAAUGUAUCUGUUUCAUACAUCCGGUUGCUCUGUUUUGAAAUCAUUAUCUGUAAACUAUGUACAUGCCAAUUCUCUUACGAAAAAUAAGUUUAGAAAAUGAAUGAAGGAAACUUUUUGAGUAAAAGGAAAUGUGCUCCACUCCCUGAACAGAUUUAACAAUCCAGCUACACUGAUGCCAAAUGGUGUCGUUUCACAGCUUUGUAACCUGGAUGAUUUUCAGCUUCCCUCACCCUUUAUUGCUGAUUGACGCAAGGGUUUAUGAAAUUAAUCUACCACAAUAACUAUCCUUUCUAAUUGUCUUCACAUGCAAUAUAUUGCUUGGUGAACACGCCCUUUGUUCUUCUGUUUGUAUUAAGCAAAAUUAAAGCCAAAAAAAAAUGAUUAUUGUAGCCAAGCUUGAAAAGGUAAAUAAAAAGAAUUGAAAGUGGA